AUGGUGUUGAAUGGCGAUGGUGAGGAGCACGCCAAGGCUGGGAGUUCCUGGCCGCGAAACCUGUCACAUAGUCAGCCUUAUGCGUGGCCUGAGAUUGGCGGGGGGCCGAUCUAUUGGGGAAGUGUCAAAGUAGACGCUGUGAAGGUGCGAUGCGGGUGCAGGCUGGAUGGGGGGAGAGCGUCGGGCAAGCGCUUCAUCCAGAACAAAUCAUUAGUCGCCGGGAAGACGACGAAAUCGUUCGCCGCUCAAAUUCGACUUGCUUUUGACCUCGUGGCCUCGGAGGAUGAAGACUUGUUGCUUCUUUUGAAGGAAGCAGCGCCAGGCACAGACUCACGAUAUGUGACUUUCAAGGGCACAGAGUUUGACUUUAAAAUAGUGGCACGGGCAAACCACAGGCAGAUGAGGAAAAGAGAAUACUGUGCUCUCGAGAUGAAGAAUGCACAGCCUGCAGAAGCCGCUCACUGGGGUGAAACUGGAUGCAGUUUUUCUGUCACAGUCUUGAUUGUUGUUUCAUCGGUUGCGGGGAAGAUUGAGAUCUGGCAGACGGCCACUUGGGAGCAGACUACAGAGAGAAGAAAGCAGUCUCUCUCGAUUCUAGCGCGGCGUAUCUUGGCCCCUGCCCACCUGAAACCAGCGGCCGUGCGGGCUUCGCAGCAAGGGGAGGCCGUAGAGACUGCCCCAAAAAUAUCGGCCACCACAGCAACACGACCAACCCGACUCUUUCACUACCUCCAGAGCCCUCACCACUGCCAGACUGAGGGCAGCACGUAUUUCUUCCUGCACCAGACUCGCCGCCGCUCCUUUCCCCGAUCAUCUACACUGGCCCGCCCCGCCCGCGGCAUGCCUUGA